GAGGAGCUAUGUGCGUUUAGUCCACACUACAACACCGUGGAAGCUGAGAAUGACAAGUGUGUCAAGUUUGAAAGUGGGUUGCGCCCGGACAUCAAGCAUCUUAUCGGAUUUUCUCAAAUCCGAGACUUUGCAACUUUGGUGGAUAAGUGUCGUAUCUGUGAUGAUGAUGGAAAGGCCAAGACUAACUACUACAAGGCCAUGAGUGACAAGAGAGGAAAAGGUCAAGACCGUGGGAAGCCUUAUGGUGACAAGGGGAAGAAGGUUGUUGAGACUAGUGGUGGAAAGAAGAGAGGUGGUGGACAAUGCUACAAGUGUGGUGAGUUGGGCCAUAAGUCUUAUGAGUGCCCAAAGAAGGUGGACAAGUGUUUCAAUUGUGGGAGGCUAGGACACAAGUCGGAUGUGUGUCAAGUGAAGGUGACUUGUUUCAAUUGUGGUGAAGAGGGUCACAAGAGUCCUAUGUGCAAGAAGCCGAAGAAGACUGUGGGAAAGGUGUUUGCUUUGAGUGGAGAUGAUGCGGAUCAGGGAGAUAAUCUCAUUAGAGGUAUGUGUUUCAUCUAUAACACUCCUUUAAUUGCGAUUAUUGAUACGGGAGCAACACAUUCUUUUAUAUCCGUUGAUUGCAUGAAGCGUCUUAGUAUACCUGUGUCUGAAAUGUCUGGUCGUAUGGAAAUAGAAACUCCUGCUAAUGGUUCUGUAACUACUCGUCUCGUAUGUCGUGACUGUCCCGUAACCGUGUUUGGUAGACACUUUGGAAUGAACCUAGUGUGUAUCCAACUUAGUGGAAUAGAUGUUAUCUUUGGUAUGAACUGGUUGAUAUUUAAUCGAGUCCAUAUCAAUUGUUGCGAGAAGACUGUUGUGUUUCCUAAACCGGAGGAGAGUUUGCAUUUGAUGAGUAAGAAGGAAGUAGUAGAAUCGUUGAAGGAACCUGUAGAGGUGUAUGCGUUGUUUGCAUCCUUGAAGAUGGAAGGUGAAGUCAAGAUGGAAGAGUUACCGGUUGUUUGUGAAUUUCCCGAUGUAUUUCCGGAAGACGUGUCAGAUGUACCGCCGAAAAGAGAAGUAGAGUUUACGAUCGAUUUGGUACCUGGUACUAGCCCGAUAUCUAUGGCACCGUAUCGAAUGUCAGCGUCAGAGUUUGAAAUUCUGUUGAAUGAGUUGAAGAAGCAACUAGAGGAACUACUUGAGAAGAAGUUUAUUCGACCUAGUGUAUCACCGUGGGGUGCACCGGUGUUGUUGGAUUUUUCAUUCAUUCUUGGACAAGUUUGUCGUGGUAUUCAUCGAUGA